GGCUGACAGAGGACUGACUGAUAUAACAGGGCUCCUCAUUACUCCCAAUGUGUUACCUCACAAGUUUUCACAAACCCCCUUAGGGCUCAGGUUAUGCCUUCCUCCCUCUCAAGCGAACUCCUCCUCCGGGUGCCUGCUCUCCGCACCCACUACUCCUCCCACCUCCCUCCUCUCCCUGCUCCAGGCUCUCUCUGUCCACACUCUCCAUGGAUUUUGACUGGCAAGUGUGGCCCCUGGUGGGUGGCUUCGGGCGUUACACUCGGCUGGUAGCCGCUGCCACCUGGUUGCCCAGCUUGGCCCUGGCCCUGGGGUUCUUCUCUGAGGGUUUGUACACCACCCGGCCAGUGUAUCAGUGCCCAGGGGCCACUGGGGUCACCAGGGAGCUCUGCAACAGCACUGCGGCCCCUCCAGGAAACCAUUCAGACAGCUGCCCCACUGGUUGGAGGUAUGACACCCAGGGCUGGCUGGAGAACAACAUUAUCACUCAGGUAAGUGGGUAUCUAGACUAGUGUAAUACCACCAGUGCCAGCCUGGGGCAAUAGCUGGGCAUCUAAACUGGCAUAGUACCUUCACCUGGGGCAAUAGCUGGGCAUCUAAACCAGCCUGGGGCAAUAGCUGGGCAUCUAAACUGGCAUAGUACCUUCACCUGGGGCAAUAGCUGGGCAUCUAAACUGGCAUAGUACCUUCACCUGGGGCAAUAGCUGGGCAUCUAAACUGGCAUAGUACCUUCACCUGGGGCAAUAGCCACCUGGGGCAAUAGCUGGGCAUCUAAACUGGCAUAGUACCUUCACCUGGGGCAAUAGCUGGGCAUCUAAACUGGCAUUGUACCUUCACCAGGGGCAAUAGCUGGGCAUCUAGACUGGCUUAAUAACCCCAGUAUCUAACUGGGGGCAAUAGACUAUCAGCACUGGCACACUUUUAUUCAGCAGUAUCAGGUUAUCAGGACUCUCAUUGACCAGGGGGUAUGUCAGGCCAACGUGUCACAGGCUGGUAUGCUGGACUGGCUCACUGCUGGGAGGGAUUUCAUGGGGCAACAAGGGUAUUCAGCCAGGGGUAGUUACAGGAGGUGUUAGGGUUUGUGUCACCCAACCCCCGGAUCUUUAAACACGGAUUCCUGGUUGGCAAAUUACAAAAUACAUUGAAUAAUCCAUAAUCUGUGCUGACCAAAUUGUUUAUUUUUGUCAAUAUAGUCAAUACAGAGUUAGAUCCACUAAACUCCAAACUGGAGACAGCAGCUGCUUUUACCGUAAUUCCCCAGCUCUUAUUUUCAUCAUACAUUUGUGUUCCUAGAAUAGUUUUAAGUUCUAUUUUAGAUUUCAUUGUAUGGAAUAUAUUUUUAUGGAGGGGUAGGUACAUUUAUUUUACACUAUUAUUAUUAUUAUUAUUAUUAUUAUUAUUAUUAUUCUAUUCUAACCGUAUUCACCACGGCACAUUUUGUUCUGGAUCACAUUGCAUCGUAGGGGUAGUUCUGUUUAACACUUUCACUACUUCAGGGCAGAAAAAUAAACUACUUUUAACAAAAGUGAGGGUUCCCUUUAGUACAUACCUGUUUUAACAGACAUGCAGACUCAUGCAAGCGUUGGGAUAACCUAUUAUACAUAUCUGGGCAGGUGGCUGUAAUAUAAAUCCUUACUAAAUAGCUUUGUUGGUAUAUUCCUUCUAUCUAAAAUAAAAAAAAAACCAAAAAAACCCUCAGAACGCCAUAACCUGUAGUGCUUAUUGUUAGCAGUUAUGGGUGCAGUCCGUUGUCUUUCUUCUAGUUUCUCAUUAGAUCCCACCCCCUGCGCUUGAAACAUUAUAAAAGUACAUUUCUCCUUCUUACAUGUGUACAAAAUAUUUGUUUCGGAAAAUAGUCUUUGUACCAUAACCACUACGCCUUUACUGUUAGUGCCCACCAGAUAUGGUAAUGUUACGCUAGAUACUGGAUGCAAUAUAUACGUCAAACCUACCAUAGACAGUCAUUAAUCCUUAAAAGGUGUAGGAAUUAGUCGAGAAACGCUAAUUUAAGUGUAAUAAAACGUGCCUUUAAAAAAAUGUUUUUAAAAUGUAAAGUCCCAACAAGCAAUUAUAUAGAGAGACUCCAUGCACUGUUAUGUUUUAUUGUUUUUGUAUAGGUUAUGACGCAAGGAGCUUGCUCUACCCCCCUUGUGUUCGAGGCUCUGCCAACUUUGGAGUUAUUUGCAUAUUUGCAAAGCACCCAAAAUAUGACAUAUCCACACUUGGUUAUAAUUCUAAUUAUAUGAAGUUCCCCUCAUGGGUGCUGCCAUUUUCUUUCUUCAACUUCUGGCAUUCCAUGUGCCAUGAGCCCCAUCUCUGCUGUGCUCUAGGUAUGUGCGGGAGUAUACUAUGGGGGUCUGUAUUGGGACCCCUAAGACAAACUCUGACUUUAUUACGUUUUGUCAUCUUCAGGUUUAACAGUAAGAAAAAUGAGUCGCUGCUUUCUUAAAUCUUUUGAUUGCGCUGCACAGACAGUAUGAGUAUUACGAAACACUCAUGUUUACUCUCUUUCUGCAUGAAUUAAGUUAUUCUGCGAACUCCAUCCCCCAAAAAUUAAAGGUAUUUCUCUUGCUUUUAUGAGGUUUUUAAGCUCUGGCCCAGGGGACCACGAAUGACAGAGGGUAUUCUGCGAACUCCAUCCCCCAAAAAUUAAAGGUAUUUCUCUUGCUUUUAUGAGGUUUUUAAGCUCUGGCCCAGGGGACCACGAAUGACAGAGGGUGCAGAGGCAGUGGAGCCAGCAAAAUAAAGCAGAAAAAUUAAAGGGUUACUCCAACCACCAUGACCACGUCAGUGAUUUGAAGUGGUCACGGUGGUAGGAGUUUGGGUGUGCAAUGUUUCUGCUUGAAAUGUGCACAUCUAGCUAUAUAUUACCUCUUGUGCUGAAGGCUAGUUACACCGCCGCACAUGUGACUUUGGCAGCCCGAAACUGUGUUCCGUACUUCCAAAUGUCAAUUCUGUGCAUAUUAAUGUCUGUUGUCAGUGCGCACAGUGUGCUGGUGACAGACGUAAGGAAAUUCACAUGCGCUCCAAGACCGCAAAACUGUCCAAUCACAGGCUCUUCUAUGAGAAGCCUGUGGCUGCACUGGACGAAGACUGCCAUUGCAUCAGAUGGUGGAGGGGGAUAGUGCCGGGAGUUUCGUCCAGCGCUGGAUUACAGGUAAAUAAAACGCCCACCCCACCCAAAAUUUAAGUGGGAGGACCAAGUAUGUAAGUUAUGUCAAGUAGAGCAUUAUGAGGUAAAAAAAAAAAGAAACCCCAUGAUUAAAAUGGGUUAAUGUAACCCUUUAAAUACAUUUUAACCAAAUAUUUUCCCAGAUGAGCCGCUACAUCAGAAACCACAGAAAUCAGACACUCACAACUUAUUCAUUUAGUUUAACUAAGAACCUUUUUUUUUUUUUUUUUUUAAAAAGCAGUUUUGUGGCUGGGGGAGUUACGUUUGGUGGCGGUGAUGUUUGCCACGUACAAUACGUUAAAUAAGAUCUGUUUGUCUUUCAUUCCUUACGGAUGUUGCAAGAAUGGUUCCCGGAGACUUGCACCCAGGCGUGAAAAUGUUCCUGCAAAAUGAGUUCCUCUGGUUAGGUCCCUUGCAGAUUAACCCUUUCAUUGCUGUGUAAAUCUCUCUCUCUUUGAAUGUGUUGGGGAUUUCCAUACUUUGUCAGUCCAUUGAGGUAAUAAUUCUUGUGCACCCAAUGCAUUUUGCAGUAUAGUAUCCAUUUACGUUUUUAGUGCUUGGACGAAUAUUACGUUUGUGUAAGUUGCAAAAAAAAACAAAAAACCUAAAUGCCCUGGAAUCAAUCUAAAGAAAAGGAAAGUAUUUGAGGCUGGCACAGCAUCAUGGUAGUUGUAGUUCCUCCUCAGUAUUUGUAUGGGCUUCGUGGUUGCUACUGACCAGUAGAAUAAUUGCUAUUUGUCUGUUAAAGGGCUACAACCAGGCUGGAAGUUUUCCUGAUUUGUUUUAAUGCAUUAACCCCUUAAGGACACAUGACGGGAAUAUUCUUUUGCGUGCUGCUAAGUUCAGACCAGGAAGUGUAUCAGCCAAUCAGGAAUAGCGUAACAGUAAUCCUUAAGCUGAUUCCGGAGUAGGGCUGUCAGCUCUGACUUCUAGAUAUUAAUCCGCAGCAGGCAGUGAGGAAAGGUGGAGAUGUACAUUGUAUUUGGAGGAGGAUGUAGACCAGGGCUGCCCAAAAGGUAGAUCCGCAGAUGUUGUAAAACUACAACUCCCAUGGUGCAUUGCAUGCCUUUAGAAAUGCAAAGCAUCAUGGAAGUUGUAGUUUUAAUGCAUCUGGUAAUCUGCCUUUUGGGCAGCCCAGAUGUAUACCCACUUCCUCUGAUGUCCAGUACUGGAGGGUCAGGCUAAUAGUCGCAGUGAUUUGAGAAUUGUAAUAAGAAACUGAGCACAGAGAUGGGAAGGGAAGACUUCCUUGAAUAGUUUGUUGCAAUGCUUGGAAUUUUCCGUUAACCUCAGCCAGUGGUUCUAUGUACCAAAUAUUGAAUUGGUGCAAGGGAGUGCUUCACUUGCUUUUCGAGCACUGCUUGCUCUCCUAGUACAAAGGCCGCUGCUAACUGGAUCGCUACGAUCAUCAGUUACCAGCUCUGCAGCUUUUAUUCCAGAGUGUUUUAUGGAGUGUGCGCUUAGUAUAGAUUAUAUCACAACAUGAUACAUUACAGAUUCGGUUUCCUGUGUUUUUAGGAGUUAUUCCUGUUUUCGUUAUUCCAUUAUUAGAGCACUGUGACCUUUUUUAGCAAAAACUCUAUAGGGCAAAGGUUAUCAAUUCAACAGUAAUGGGCAACCUCUUAUUUUUAGAUUUUAUCAUCAGAAUUCCGAAACCCUAAACUACAGGUCAUUUUCCAGAAAUGUCCAAAGUGGCUCUUCUUUAGGGAACAAGGUUACGUUAGCAAAUCUCUAUUCUAUGUUCUUCCCAAAACAGUGUGCGUUUUAUCACUUUUAUUCAGCUCAUUUGUUCACUUAAUAAGGGACAACUUUAUUUGAAAUCAUGUAUUUUUGGAUCAGCAUUGUGCAGGACCUACUGAUUUACUUAAAGUUUCUUAGUUAAUAGGGUUUAUAGGCGCGUGUGUUUGUACUACCUAGAGAAAUAUUUUGAUUGCUAGUAAUUCUCUGUUAAUUGGGAUUACAGUAUUUUAUAGUGACAAGCUUUAACACUCUGUAACAAGCAAUACAAACUGCUAUUACUAUAUCCGGUAACAUGAUUAUUGGGCACACACUUCACUGGACCUACUUCUGGUACGGCUCCAGAAUAUUACACGUGUUAAAUGCUUUCCUCGUUAAAGGAAACCCUUUAUGGAUCCUUAACCCUUCCACAGUCCAUGCUGAUAGCAGUCCCAAUGCUUGUCCUAUAAUCCCCAGGCAAUAUAAAGAGACAGUUUUACAUAUAGGGUACUUCUAGGAAUUGUGGAAUAUUAAUCAGGAAUAUUCAAAUACCUGGAAGAAAAUACCUGGAAUGGAGAAUUUUUGUUUUGGUGUAAGUAUACAGACGAUGCAUUAACGGUGAACUGUAUUAUGGGAAAAUAAUGCCAUCAAGGGGUUCUGGGAAGUCAGAAACAAGACUGGGGUUUAUCAAUGCUCCCGAAGCCAAAGAUACUUCUUUUUCUUUUUCUCCACUAAUAUAUGCUACAGUGUUAUUUAUGUUUUAGAUCACUCUUUUUUUUUUUCUUCUUUUUAUUAGGAUUGUUGUUUUCCAGGAAUGUAACUCCCAUUAACACAUGUCCAAUCAAUACUCACAGUGACGUCCCCCACUGUGUAAUACAGGAUAGUAAAACAUGAUCUCCCCAUUGGAAUACCGCUGGGAGUGGGGUAUAGUGAGCAUAUAAACUCAUUGAGUUUGUCCACCUACUGUACAGCGCUACGGAACUUGUUGGCGCUUUAUAAAUAAUAAUAAUAGAAUGCACGUCUCAUACGUUGUUUGGUGUUUCAGCUAUGAUAUGUCAUGUGCUUUCAGACUGUAUUGUAAGAGGUGGUGAAGCCGUAAACUCUCCUGGAUUAGUUUAGAUUAGCCCUUUGAUCUAGGUAUCCUGUUUAUCAUUAAAGUGAUAGUUCCGGUUACCUACAGCAUGUCCGCUUGAAAAGCACCUUAGGGCUUAACUGCAUGUCCCCUGCAUAGUUUAUAAGAAUGAGGAUUCAAAGAUAAAUCAACACUUUUUGUUUAAUUCCCUUAGCAUCUCCAGUAGGUCAAUAUGGAACGGAGUUUUUCUCUGUGAGAAGCAUUAUUGGCAGAUUGUGGUUAUUGGUGAACAUGCGCGGUGUGUCCAAUGAUUCUCUAUGAUUGGAUUAGAUACAAGUCAUCAGUAACAAUGACUUUAUAGCAGGUGGAUUGGUGCUAUCGAGGGGAGACUCUCCCAUUGUUGGAAUAAAGGUGAGUUCAGUGCUGAAAUGGAGUUGGGUAAUCUAAACACAAAUAAGAACCCUCCAGUAAGAAAAUAAAAUAUAUAGCUGCAAAGGAACAGGCACUCCGCACCAGAUCAAUAGAAGUGGGGGUCUACAACACCAAACAGGACCCAAGGUACAGACUGUACAAAGAGGCCUCUGAGACAAUCUAGCACAUAGUAGCUGGUAGCAAGAUGUUAGCAGGGACAGCAUACACUGAGAGGCACAGCAGAGUUGCUGGGAUUGUGUACAGAGACACUGAGAAUACUAGAAAGGGUAGUUGAAUGACAGAUCCUGUGGGACAUCCAGAUCCAGAUAGACAAGCAACUAAUGGCUAACUAACCCAACAUUGUGGUGGUAGACAAGGAACGGAAGACUGCAGUGGUGGUGGAUGUGACAAUACCCAGUGACUAUAACAUCAGGAAGAAGGAACAUGAGCAGGUGGACAAAUACCAAAGACUGAAAGAGGAGCUAAAAAGGAUGUGGAAAGUGAAGGCAUUGGUAGUCCCAGUUGUGAUAGGAGCCCUCGGUACUGUGACUCCCAAGUCGGCGUCAACAGAUUCCAGGUGGGACAUCUGAGAUCGCUGUCCAGAAGAGUGCAGCUCUAGGAACAGUUAAGAUACUGCGCAGAGCCCUCAAACUCCCAGGCCUCUGGCAGAGGACCUAGAGCAGGCUUCCCCAAACUCUGGCCCUCCAGAUGUUACUGUACUACUCCCAUGAUUCUAUGAAUGAAAUGGGUAGGCUAAGAAGCAUGGAAGUUGUAGUUUAGCAACAUCUGGAGAGCCGGAGUUUGGGAAAGCCUGACCUAGAAUGAGGAAUACACUGUAAUACCACUCGGAGGGGUGAGAGACAGUUUUAUAUUUGUUAUAUAAAAAAAAUAUAUAUAUAUAUAUAUAUAUAUAUAUAUAUAUAUAUAUAUAUAUAUUUAUUUUAAUUGCUCUCAUCGUCCAAUGUUAGUUUCUUUUGUUCUGUGGUCCAGCUAUCCGACAUUAAACGCUAUGCACUGCGAUCAGUAACCAGAGAUUCAAACCAUGUUCAGAGAUGAGAACCAGCCAGCUUCACUGGGCUUCUCUAGCUGUGAGAAGGUGUGCUGCAGAUGUUUUUGUGUGCUUUAAUUUUGUCCUACUUUUAUGACGGAGAAAAAGGAAAUCUGUUUGGGUUUUAAUAGUCACUCCACCCAUAGCAGAUUUAAUAACACAAUGGCCUCGGGGAGGGAUAUUUUAGGUUGGUGUAAACACCUCAUGUUAUUACUGUCAGAGAUCAGGGUAUGUAUAAUUCUAUCUAUCAUUUUAAUCAACAAAGCCUUUCUAUUCCGGUGUUAAAGCAGAAAGGCCUGAGCAGCUGUGAUAACUAGAAUCUGUGGACUAGGAUGGUAUCAAAACUGCUGCAGAAAUGGAACAGCUGGCAAAAGCAUCCUGGGAGUAGUAGUUCUACAGCAGCCGGGGUUCUAGUUUUUAGAGGCCCUGAUAUUGUGCUAGAAGGCACAGCUCUGAAACCCCCCACUAUUUAUUUAAAGGGACAUUAGCCCACACAGUCUGUUACUGGCCAUCUGACGAGGAUGUGAAAUCUAUCAUUAUUUUGAUAGCUUUCGACAGACUAGGCUUUGGGUGCAAGGAGAGCCCACGUUUUAAAUUGAAAAUGGAGACGGCGACCACACUAGAACUGCUGCAGAUUUGGAGUGGUUAUGGUACUUGGUGUCCCUUUAGUCAAGUGUAUCUGGGGCCGGGUAGUAUGUCAUGGCUAUAUCAUAUAAAUUAUAAUACUAAUGAGGUAGAAAGAAAAGGUUUAUUGGUAAACUGGCAUCAUGGUAUGAAAGUGCCCCGGCUGUAAGUUGAAAAAAUGGUUAUUCAAGGAGUCUGAGAAUGUUCUGUUGAUGUUGUAAUGGAAUGUGGCUCACACUACGUACAGAUCCUCUGCCUUUCUAUCCAUUCCUAAAUCACGUUGUGUUCUUUUGGCAGUGGGACUUGGUUUGUGCCAAUCAGUGGAGAGUACCGCUGGAACACAUCUGUAACCUGACGGGCAUGCUGUUUGGGUACAUCUUAUUUGGACUGAUAUGUGACAGGUAACAACGGAUUCUGAAUUUUCUUAACCCAUAUUGAAAAGUCACGAAGGAACACUGUGAGGUGCUCCAUGCUAAUAAUGUCCUGCAAUUUCCAUGUAAUAGUGAAUAAUGUAAGGCGGUCAUGUUCCAAUUCCUAGCUAGAAUUUUGAGAUAAUUGUUUGUUCUAAACAUUCUUACUGGGAUAUGGUAUUGAUAAGCAGAACCAAAAGUUUGAUUGAAAUAGUAAAAGUAGCUUCCGCUACUAGCCAAGAUACACUUCAUACUGCUACAACAAGUAUCUGUGCUAUGCAAAUUGCUCCAGCUUGCAAAAAAAAUCACUGUAGUGGUAUACUCAGACAAUGACCGUUAGAAAGCAGGAAGUUUAAUAAGCAUUUUAAGCACCGACUGCCAAAAGUAUCCUGACCCUGUUCCCAUUAAUGCAGCAAACUGUUCUGCAACAGUUUGCCCUCUUACCUGGGUCCAGGGGCCAGUGACGACUUCUGGCUCCUGCAUGGCUGUCGGCCAUUUAUUGGCCAUUCAAUUCUAGUUCCGGGCCAUCUAAUGACAGCACCAUGACACUGCUGGAGGUGGAGUUUCGGCAGCGUAAUGUUAAACUGCUUAGAGUAACCUAAAAUUCAUGCAGUGAUAAGUUGCAUAGUGUACUUCCAUUUAUAGUCUCUCUGCAUAAAUGGGCUCCAUACCACAGGCAGUGAUCUCUCCCUUAAUAUAAAAUUAUUACAAGAUACGGUUGUUCUGUAAAUGGGAUCUUUCAGCCUGGAUCCUGAAGAUAUAUUAAAUUAUCUAUUUUACCUUCUAAAUGUUUCAUAAUAUCUUAUUGUAUAUUGCUGUUCCGAUGCAGCAGCGUUUUGCAAUAUUCAAAUAAAUUAGGUCAUGACAAUGGCGCAGUUAGGAGAGCGUUUAUGAAAGUGAUAAGUCCAUUUUUAAAUAUUUAUUUUAAAAUUCUGCAUUAAAAUGUUGCUUCAUUGUUCUUUAUUCCUUUGUUUACUUAAUACUUUUGCAUUCUGUGUUGGCUCAAUCGCUAGCCACCUGCUCUGUGACAGCUAAACAAACUUAUAGGUUGCAUAAUGUAACUGCGACAUUCUGCUGAGAACCACAAAUCUCCAUUUUCUGCAACAUAUUCUGUUAUAACGAACAAUGGAUAGCUUGAAUAGAUUCUUCUAAAUGGACAAGAAGGCCUUUAUUUUGAUGUAAGAACAAUAUUGUGCCUUGUGUCGUGAAUAUCAAAAGGUGACGUUUAAAAGCAGACUAAUGUGUAUUUAAUCUCUUGUACGGAUUGCUUGAUAUACCAGUAUUUUGACUUGUUUUGAUUUUUCACAUGACUGUACAAUGUGAGUUUGUGUUUCUUAUGGAAUAUAGGUCUGAAUGACCGUGUGUAUACUGUAUGCUGUAGAGAUUAUUUUUAUUCUAUAUGACCUAUAAAGUGAUUUUUAAUGAAGAUUAUUAGUGUGCAGUUGUAGAAUUAUCUAGUUCUGUAUUUCAGCCAGUCCUGCUAAAUUCCGCCUGCUGCGUUUGUCCAUAUAUACCAUUAUGCAAAUGUUCAUAAGAUGAUUGAAGAGACCCAGCAUGGGUUGUUAACUGCUAUACUAGUAAUGUUGGCAUAUAUACAAUUUUUCCUUGAAAAUAAGAUCGGGUCUUAUAUUAAUUUUUGCCCUGAAAAACGCACUAGGGCACACUCGAGGAUGUCUUAAUUUUCGGGGAAAAGCGGUAGCAAACAUGUGCAAGAAAGAAGGUUAGCGAACUAGCAACUAGGGCUUAUUUUCGGAGUAGGGCUUAUAUCCCAUUGUACAGCACUACGGAAUUUGCUGGCGCUAUAUAAAUAAUAAAAUAAUAUUACGAGCAUCCCCCGAAAACAAGUUAGGGCUUAUAUUUGGGGGAUGUCUUAUUUUGGUGGAAAAACGGUAGUAAUGUUCUGUAGAUAAAGUGUAUUGUUUGCCAUUGUUACAGUGUUACACGGUUUUAUUAUUUAUGCUGGCGUGCAGCUCCUCUGUAUAAACGUAAUUUAUGAUAUUUGGGUAAUCUUGUGUGUUAAUUUCUCCGCUAGACCUGGUUUAGUGAUAUAUGUGACAGCCAAACAUACAGUCCUACCCCCACACUAAGGUCUGAUGUGACAGUCACACAGAUUUGGAGAAAAAAUAUAAGUUAACAAAGUCCUAUAAACAGCCUUAAAACCUGCUGUAUGCCACAAACAGUAUAUAUCUGGCAAUAAAAUAGGUGAUAUGAGAAAUACAAGCAUUCGUUUAUUCUCUUAUUUUAAUUUCUAACACUGAUAUGCGCCACUCCCUCCCUGGCCCUCCGGUCUGACGCAGAGCAUGCUAAAUUUAGAGUUUUGGGCAGACAGACUGACAGAUUUUCCAGAAACAUUUAGAAUGUUUGUUUAGAAGUGAAAGUAUAGCAGGAGGUGAUUUUGUGAAAGUAUUAUUGUUUUAUGAAAUCUACACCUGGGGGUUUGUUACUUUGACGUUUUCUUUCCAGCUGUCUGUUCAUAUUGGUUUUUGGACCAUUGAGUGUUUAGGUUAUCUGCUGACCACAGCAUUUACAUUCCAUGGCUUUCUAAGUACCAGGACAGGAUUGGUGGCAGGAUCCGGCAUCCUGCAGAGGGACCCUGUGUAAUACACGUUCUGGAGCUCCCCAAUCCGGCAGCGGGCCAGACGCGAGACGCUGCGCUCCGUGUGUGCAUCUAUUUGUAUAGAGUUGCGCCGACUCAAAGUGCUGAACCGAUGUGUUCACACGAAAUGAAACUCCUGAAUUUGGCUUUCGGUCGAAUUCGGGAGUUUAGGUGCCCUAUUAUGAUGCAGACCAAUAAGAUUGGUUCCCGGGCUUUAUAAGCCAGGCCCUUUCAGUUACCAGUUGCCCUGUUGCGGUUCUUGUUUACCCAAGAGUGCGCUUAAUAUUAUAUUAGAUUUCUUGUUACCGACUUUGGCUUUGGCUUGCUUAUCGUUUAUGCUGUACUCACCUUGGCUUUCUUCCGGACUACUCUAUACGUUAAAUCCGGCCAUCGUAAGGCCCGGUAAUACAUUAUACCUCUCCUUUAGCAGAUUAGGGUCUGUGUGUUUUGGGUUCUCCUACAUUAGUCGUGAUCCUAGGCUUUGAGUUUUAGUCUCUGUAUAUCCUACAUUAUGUUCAAUGAGGGCUAUUUUACAGUUCCGGUAUGCUGUGUUUUGUUUAUAUUCAUAUUAUUCAUAUGUAGAAUUAAAAAAAUAAUAAUAAUUUGCCCCAUGAGCUCACAUUUUCUUUUCCUCCCUCGAACCCACAGUGUUUAAUUACCGUAAAGUAGUUUCUUUGGUGUCUGGGAGUUGUAGAUAGAUGUAGAAAGCCAACAGCUGAACUACAACUCCCAGAAGCCCUGCUAAAGUUGGCUGAGUCGCUUCCUGGGUUGUGCAGAGCUCACUGACAGUGUGUUUAUUGUUCAUUUCAUUCAGUUUUUAUUUAUGUGCUAGCUAUACAAUACAUCAAAUGGGCGGACUCCAGUCCCCACGACUGACCUAUUUGCUUCUUCCAGAUGGGGGCGCCGUGCUGCCCUGAUUUCAACCCUGGUAACUGCAGUCCCCCUUGGCCUGGCCUUGUCCUUCUCACCUGGAUACCUGAGCUUCGUGGUCCUCAGAGCGGGGUUUAGUGCUGCACUGGCUGGGAUGUUUCUGUCAUUCUACAUAGCAAGUGAGUAUAACAUGCACUCUAUGCACUCACAUACAGAACAAUUACCCUUUACGGUCAGACUAGGACCCUUAAAGAAAAAUAGCAACUCUAACGCCAACAAAUCUCAUUAAACGUUCUGUUAGCAGAAAUUGUACCAUCAGUGUCCCUCCUGUUACAUUCUCUCCUAGUCUGUCUCUCCACCCCCUCCCCAGGCCUUUUCUGGGAUGUUUGCUCUGGGUGUCUCUUUUCAAGGUGACGACGUGUGCUUGUUUGCUGUCGCUUGGCUGGGACAUCGUGACUGAGAGGGGAUGUGCCAGAGUCAGCACACAGGAGAAAUUACACAGAAUAUUGUGAGAGUUUGGUCCUCCCUCUCUGUAUGCCUGUCUGAUGUAACCCUAUCAACCCAGUCUCAAUGCACAUGAUGUGACGGUGUUUAACAUAAGACCACCAAGAUUCCUGUGUCAGUGGAGAACAUUUUAUUUUCUCAUUGUCUAUUCCACUAUUUAUUACUUUUGUGCUAUUUCUGUAAUUUUUUCAAUGGUGUUGCUUCUUGUGUUUCCACAUAUUACUCUUUAUGUACCUUUCUGCACCAAAAAUGAUUUCGUUUUCUGGUGUUGGUGUAAAAAGGAAGGCAGAAUAAGUUUCUGAGCCAGAAAAAGACUCUGAUCACAUUUCAGCUCUCACUAUGUCUCUCAUCUCCCAUUACUCUCAUUUGCAUGUCUCUUUCAUUCAUCUCUCGUCAGUUUCCAGUCCUAGUCUGCCAUAUCUAGUUCUUUACAUGUACCAGCAAGUGACUCAUGUUUAGAAUUAUAGAUAGAACAGAUCUGCACAAUCUGUCAUUGCUUUUCCUGUUACCUUGUCACUGUGUAACCCUUUUACUGUCAGAACAGAUUUUAGUUAAUUCAUUCACUGAACGGGUUAAACCUUGAGUCUCCUCCUAAUUCUGUUUCUGUGCCAGGGUUGGAACUCUGUACUCCAUGUCACCGCCUAAUGGUGACCAUGAUCGGAGGGUUUUUCUGGGCUGCUGGGGAGCUGCUGUUGCCUGGUCUGGCAUUUCUGUGCUCCGACUGGAGGCUCUUACAAGGAGUCGUGACUGGAACCUUAAUGCUCCUGGGACUGUUCUGGUGGUGAGUCCUGGUCCCUAAAUACACCAUGACUGCACACUGUGUUGUUCACACCAUAUCGUGUGCCGAUCACUGCCACACUGUGUAUAGUCUAGCUCGCAUCAAAUAAAUAAGAUUCACACCCCCCCCCCCCCAGUAUCCUGUGAGUCUAUCAGAGCCUCACUCUUCCAAAAACAGGAACAGGCUGCAAACAUCCAUUCCAUGCUCUCUGCCGAGCACUGUUAACCCAUGAUGCUCAUGUUAACGUGUAAAAGGCUCUAACAGCAAUCACAAGUGGAAUUCAGCUUUUCAAAGAAGUUUAUACAAAAUGCAGAUUAAGGCAAUAGCACACACAAAAAGUAAACAAACCAAAAAAAAACUCCAAUCCCUUUUUUUUUUUUCUGUCCAAAGAAGUUUAAGAUUACAUGCAGUCACCUACCUCAUUGUAAGUGGUGGAGGCAUUGAUAUGCAUAUGUACAUCCACCCUUAUGGCCACACACAUUGACCGUGUACACCCAUACACGUCUGCAUUCACACCCUAAUUCUCCAUACAAAUGCACCCCUGCAUACAGACACAUUGACCCACCACACAUGUACACCCUUGCCUUCUCAUAUUUACACCCCUGUAUGCACAAGCCUGUGUAUUCAUAAACAUACGGACACCCCAUCUGGACAAAUUGUGAAUCACACAGUGCUGCCUACGUUUAUUUGUGGUGGCUGUUACCUGGCUAGUUGAUUUCGAUUUUAAACCCUGCCUACAUAUGCGUGAGACAGAAGUUGUUUAAUAUAGCCAGUGAAAUGUUCCUAUAAUCGAAAUGGGAAUAUAAUCACGUCCAAGGAUUUUAAAUAUUGUGUUUACUUUUCACCUUAUUUAAUAAAUCUGUAUUAGUGAGGUUUGAUAGAUAACGUUAAGUGUGGAAAUCCACACCACUUUAUCCUGUAACGCUAUGUGUUUCCAUCUCAGCUCCCUGACAAUCACUCACCAUCAGCAUAGGGAAAGAGGAGAAAUUAAACAAUGGGGAGACUUAUCAAGGCAAAAACUGGUGCUAUUCUGGGACACAGUGCUACAUAAGGUGUAAUCACCAUGGAAACAGAUUGUAUUUCUACAUUCAAACUUUGCACCCAAUUAAAACCCAUUGACAAAUCUCUCCAUAUUUCAGUUUUUCUCCUCAUUUACAUAAAUAUUUAAUUUACAUUUAUAAGAAAACUAUGCACCUCAUGAAGAAAAGGUUAACCCAAACUAUAGGCGAUAUUUAAUGUUUUAUUCAAUGGUGUAACUUCCAGAUCAGUGACUUCCUCUUGAAAGCUGGAACAUAGGGGACUAAUAUAGUUUUUAUUAAUCUCAUUUGUUCAUAUACAGUAUAUAGCAAUGUAUGUUCCAUUAUGGAACACGUUCUUAAGUACCAGAUUGUUAAUGAUACGAGAUGUGAUUGACAUCUACCAAUUUCAGCUGUAUCCCCAUUACUCAAGAAUAAACCCACUCAUUAGUCACUGUUUGAUCCUCUUUAUACACAGUUGCCACUCGCUCUUCCCGGAGUCCCCACGCUGGCUGUUGGCCACUCAGCAGCUGGAGCGGUGCAAGGAAUCACUGUGUGUGUUUGCCAGAGCGAAUGGAGUGGAACUAUCAGAGGAGUUUAGCGGCCCGGGCAGUCUGUUUGCUGGUGAGUGAAUGCUCCAGGUCUCAUUGUAUGUAAGUGCCGUAAAACGGAAAACAAUAGUAACAGAUUUCCCUGUAUAUAACUUGUGUAUUCAAUUUCCUCCUAAUAAAAAGUUUAUAUUAUUUUUUUUAUGAUCAGUUUCUCCCUGUGUUUAAAAUCUCCCCCCACCUGUUUGACAUGCAAUGCAUUUAACCAUUACAGAGAUAGAUGCUUCCUGCGAAGGAUAUCCGCGUCCCCGAUAUUACAGCAUCUGCAGCAUCUUUGGGACCCGUCUUAUCUGGAAGAAUGCUCUGAUCCUUGGCUUCACUACGUAAGUCCCCAGUGUCAGAACUCACCCUGACCAUAUGAUGAUUGUACCACACAGCCAGUUUUAAUGUGAGCAAAGAUGGAUUAUUGAUACAACUGCUCUACCUGUAGAUCGUGUCUGCCUUUUAAGUUACAUCCUGGCACCAAAUAUAAAAGGAGCCACCAUAUUCUGCAUGUUGCCCUUAAACACGCAUGUCCAUAUGGAGAACACAGCGGGGUACAUACCUCCCCAGUAAAUGCAUCCAACAGCAUUCUUUGGGGAGCAGGAUCUGUGCCCAACAAAAAGAUACCGUACUUAGUGUGUGUGAAGCUUAGUUUUGUUGCAUGAUCUGGUCCAUUAACCCUCCUUAACCUGCAUGCUUUGUUUAUUCAGUUCCUGAUCCUGAUCGCUGCUUUGAUUUUAUUUAAGUCCUUAACUAAUAUGGUGCCCAAAUGAGUUGCCUGCAUGUGUGACUUUGUAUGUAGCGGACACUUUAUAUCUGCAAAAAGUGAAAAAGAAAUCUGCAGUUUGUUUUUAGGAUUUUUGCUUAGCAUGACGUGUUGGGUUAGGAAUGUGUCAUGCUAAUCUGGAUGUGACAUGACUCACACCUUUGCUGAAUUCAAGUUAUUUAGAAAUAUUUGUCAGUAAUUAACCCCUAGCUCUGAGUAGGAACCCUUAUUAUUAUAAUGGGUUUCCAAUGUAAAUGGCUUACCUUGUGCACUCGGUUCUCUGAUGAAAUGGACACAUUCCAGCUAAGAGGCGGGAGUCUAAUGAAUGUGUUUAGUUUAGAUCCAUCACAUUUAAACUAUAAGUCUCUGAGAAAGUUUGUCUCAGUUUUUUCAGUUCAAACUCCGUUAUUGUCACAACAUUUUGCCUGACGUUUUCCAUUCAUAUUUAAAUUGUGGGAAUUUGAAGGUCAGUGAAUAAUCUUCAGUGCGUCUCCCUCUUCUCCCCCCCAUAGUGUGUGACUGUGUGUGCUGGCUGUGUGUAGUGCUUAUAGUUGCUCUCUGUUUUGCCCACCCCUUUUGCAGGUAGGGAUGGGGUGGAGGAUGGGAGGUGUGUGAUCCUUUUUUGUCCGUUAAGGGAGUGUGUGGUCUGCUUCUCUUGGUGAUGCAGACCACAGUAAUCACUCCCUUCCUGUUUCAGUGCUCAGCAAGUCAGGGCACUGGAUGGGAAUACCAGCAGCUGUGCUCUCAUUAGUGAGUAGCAGACAGCAAGAGAGCUAUCUGCACCCUUCCCUGGUACUAACUCUCCUCCAAGGCUCCCAAAAAACCUGCCUGUUUGGAAUUACAAAUCCUGGGCAUUGGGCAAUAUUCCCCACACCUGUUUACAUUAUGAUGCUUGUCAACCUUUGCUCAUGAGCUGCUCCAUUCUCAUUUAAAUUUAUAUUAAAGAUUUAGCAAACCUCACAAUCCAGUCACAGCCAGGGCAUACAUUGCAAACUAAGAGGAGAAGCAGAAUACUGUGGAUUAGGUAUGAAAAGUGUUUUAAAGUACUAAAAGUGCCGGCAUUGCGUUGGUACCUUCGCCCCUUUUCCUGGUUUGCACCAUUUUUUUAGCACAGAGCAUAACACACUUGUUGCAUUUCUACGCCGAUAGCCAGGUGCACCAGACAGGAAACCAUGAAUAGAGGAUAAAGGGAUAAAGAGGGCGGAAGGAUCCUAGGUCUUCUUUCACCCCGUCUCUAACACAUAUUUGUUACAAAAAUGGAAUUAAGAAGGCGACUCUUUUUCUUUUUAAUAUAUGUAAUAAUUAGAAUAAACCCAGCUCUGGUCGAAGUUCCCUGGGACCUGAUUAGGCUAUAACUAAUUAUGAGUCUCAACCCAGGGAUUAAAACCUACUGCUCUACGCUGUACACAUUGUGUUCUAUUUCUGUAGCUAUUUAUAUCCAGUUAUAGCAAGUCAUUUAUACCUGUCCACGUGGACUCUGUGCCGUUAAUGUGUGAUAAGCUUUUCAUAACCACCAGUUUACUAAUGAAAGGUUAGCCUGAUAUUUUUAAAAUGUAUUUAUUUUUAAAAAAGACAAAACACUUAUUGCAAUUCUCAGAAAAAAAAUAUCAAAACACAAAAAAAAACAGAAAAAAUAUGAAAAUAUGUACAUUUUAUUAUUGAGUAUUUAAGGUAUUUUACACCGUAUUGAAUAUGUAUGAAAAUCUGUUUCAAAGAAAACACAUACUGUAAAUGUUUAAGCUGAUUAACACAAUGUAUCCUGUAGCUCCAGACUGGAAACGUUCCAAGUGUUCAAAGUGUUUGGCAAAAGGGAUUCAGAGAGUUUGGAAAUCCCACAAAAUCUCCAGAAAACAAACCAGUAACAUUUUUAGAUAUAUAAACCUGGCAGUAACUUCAAACUGAGUUCUUGAAGCUAGCUCACUAGAGGAUUUCUGCCUGUGCUAUCACUAGUGAAACUGCAAUGAACGUUAAACCAGAGCCAGAAAUUGACAAAAAGUGCAGAUUUAGAAACAUUCUCCAACUCUGCGAUGGCCACGGCUUGGUUAUUUUUCAUUCAUUGUUUUUUUUUUGUGUGAAUAACACUGGUUUCCCAUGAAAACAAUGUCUCCUCGUGUUAACAUGUGAGUUACGCGGGAUCCUAGAAUACAGUCCUGCUAUAACAGAUGACUGACUGGCCUGCAUAGAAGUUGGGAUAUCUAUAGUAUGUACUGAGGAAUGGCACGAGAAACUUGUAUUAAUUUGGUGACACUGCAAAGUGUAUUAUAGGAACACUGAGCAGCAUGGCGUAUUCAUGCUGUUUAGAUCUCCCUUAAAAAUACAAAAAUGAGGGAGCAGCUUGGUGCAGAUUAACAAUACCCCCUUAAAUUCACCACCCCCUUUCACAAAAUGUCUUCCUAACUGGAAGUGUACAGCUCAGCCAGUCAGAGAUCAGUGUAAGUUAAAAUGCUGAAAUGCCUCCACCCCAUUGCCAGCCACUGACCUCUUCUUGUUGUGAAGUCAACUUUCAGAGGACAUUGAUGGGCUGUGAGGUGGAGUCAUGUUAGCACUGAUCUAUCAUUGAAUGAACUGUGUAUGUAUUUCCAAUUAGGGAAACAUCCUAUGAAAAGGGAAGGCAUGUCGAAGAUAAAAAUAUUUAUUUAAAGGGACACUCCACGGCCUAAAUACAAUAAAAGGAAGAGCCCCCCCCCCCAAUAAGUUAGUAUAUAUAUUCCCCCAAUGAAAACAUGCAUGCAUGUAUGUAAUUAUGGUGGUAUAUCUAGAAACCGCUUGUAAAAUCUGCAGAUCUCAUGUCUGCAGCCUUUGCAAGCCCUCCCCUUCUAACCCCGCCCAGACUUUCUGUGACUGUCCAAUCACAGACUUCCCAAUGCAGCUCAGUGAGAAGUCUUUGCAAGGCAGGUGCUCUAAGCAAUUGCUGCCUCUUGAGUUUAGCUCCACUGAACAAAUUAAGUAACAGGACUGCUUGUCUGACAGCCAGGGGGUGUAACAAGGUUAAUUUAUAAAAUGUGUUUUGGCUGAAAGGAUGACUUAAUAAUGGCUCCUUUGAACCCCAAAACAUUGCCUUUUCUUUGUGUGGAAUAAACCCCCAGUUGGUGCUGGGUCCUGUUGUUACAUAAAAAAAAAAAAAAAAAAUCUUAUUUAGUCCAAUAUGCAGAUUUUCCCCUCAAACUACUAAAAUCAUCCUAUUUAAAAAAUAAUGCUGACUGAUUUAAAACUCAGUUGUGUCCUCUCAUUCUUUGCUUUAUCCCCAGGUUUAUCGGUUGUGGAAUCAGACCUUGCUUUGUGAGGAACCUGCAGACACUUGGUCCCUAUAUUCCUUAUUUCCUACAAGCUGGAAGUGAGAUUCUCGCCUGCAUCCUGCUCUGCAUCACCGUGAACCUCUGGGGCCGUCGCUCAGUUCUUUUUCUCUGCACCAUCUUGACGGGAUUCUGCUCUCUCCUGCUCCUUGCUCUGACCCAGUGUAUGACUAGCAUAGUCUCUCAUGUUAUGUUCUCAAUCACUUCUCUUCUUCCGGUCUUUUUCACAUCCCCCUCUGUCUCUCUUCUCUGUCUCAGAUCUCUUCAUUGGAGCGACAGUGGCCAUAUCUGUGCUCGGGUUUCUCUGUGCCCAUGCGGUGGUAAUGCUGAGCAUCUUUUAUGCAAGUGAAGUUCUUCCAACAGUUCUCCGGUGAGUAAGGCCAACAUCCUUCUUCCCAAUGUCAUUCCUUACCACUUUCUGUCUCCCGUAGUAUUUAAGUAGCUCACUCACAUGGUCACCUUUUGUUGUCUUCUUUCAGGGGCUCCGGCCUGGGUUUUAUAAUAGGACUCAGUAUGGUGGGUCGGGCUGCAUAUCCCAUCAUGGAGCUCCAGCAGAAAGCCGGCUUCUUCUUGCACCACGUUGUCCUCUCCUCGUUCUGUAUUAUCUCUGUACUCAGCAUCCUCCUAUUACCCGAGACCAAGAGGAAGAGUCUGCCUGAAACUCUACGGCAAGGAGACAGCCUUCGACGACCACCACUUAUCAUACACCCAAAACAAGACUCAGUGCCCCUUCUUCGUCAUAGCAACAAGGCCCGCACUGACUACAACCCUGAUAGCUAUGCCCGUCUAGCAAGUUCAACCAAGAAAAUGAUCACAAGGGACAGAGUGGCCACCAAAAAAGGAAAGGAAAACCAAGCUUUGACCAAAGACUAAAGAGCGUGGCUCAGAAACAAUGCACAGGCUUCUUGAACAUGGCCAAACAUGUGCACCCAGAGGAUUAGUUGCUCUUGAAGCUGAACAUUGAACCUGAGUUGUGUGCAAUAUCCUGCUUUGAUAGGCCUUGGGCAGUACGGUACUUUUAAGGAGCACAAGAAUUUUAUUGUACUUAUAAAUGGAUUUGUUAAAAAAAAAAAAAGCUUUAUUCCUCAGGAUAUAUUCCCAAUCAUGCAGUAUUUAACAAUGCACUGCCACUUUUUUACUAGUACCUAUUCCAUAACCAUUCUUUACAUUUACCAUCUCGCACCACCUUACAGUGCAUUUUCAGUCCUAAACUCAACAUUCCUGCCACUAGGUGAUGCUAUUGGCAGCACGUGAUCUGAUUGCCAAAUACUGCAUCCCAAAUACUCAAUACGUAUUUCUUUAUAAUGUUGCCUUACACCAACUUGGACCCAUUGCCCUCAACAUUGGGGAGAAAUGGAGAAGUUGGAUUUCUCUCCAGGGAAAAGUCUAGUGUUGCAUAGAUCUGUCUAAUGUAGCAAUAAAUCUACUGCAUUUGUUUUAAGAGAUAUGAGUUAUUUUACAGCUGAUGGAGUCACACUGUGGUCCCUACUAGUAAGUGUUGCUUUAAAUCAUAUAAGGUUGUUUGUCAGGCUGUAAACAAAGUAUUUCUAAAUAGAUAGUGCUGAAUCCACAACCUACAGCAACAUCCUUUCUAAGUCACUGUUGUGUUAAGGGGGGUCCCUACUGUCAUAAAAAUGACAUGCAUAGCAAUUAGGUCAUAAAGUCCAGUUAUCAAUUGAUGUCACCCGUUCUGUAAACAAAUCACCUUUCAUGCGAUGUCCCUUGGCAUUCCACCUCUCAUACAGUCUCUGGUUUAAGUCUAAACACACGUGAGAUGGAGGUCCCAAGUCCUUGCAGAGGUUUCUUUUGGGAAUGGUUUGACAAUCACUGGUGUCCAUACAUAUCUGCCAGCCGGUUGAAUCGUGGGCCCCAAUCCUGCAGGUAGUCGUACUCCUGGUCACUGUCCUCUUCACUAGACAAAAUGGAGCUAAGCGUUCCGGCCACUGAUCCCUCGCCUUCAUAAUCAUAAAUCAGUGCUGUGUCAUAAGGUGGGACACUGGGGUCAGAAUCUGCUGCCUGUAGCCCCUGCAUGUAAAUAACAGCAAGUUUAGUAUCUUUAACCUAGAAAUGAACCGGAGGUGUAGGUCGAGAGUAAACCGAGAAAUACUCACAUCAUGGAUGAAGUCUGCGAUGUCAGAUGGACGUUCAGAGGGUCUGCGGGGGUAGCGUGGCAGUGUCGGGUUGUAGGGGGUGUCUCUGCGGAUAGGGGGCUUCAGACGUGGAGAUGGUGGCACUGGCAUUGUUGGGUUCCUAAGCCUGUUCAUGUCAUAAGCAUCCUUUAUAAUAUAGGGGACAAAAUAAAGGCAUAGUGACAAAUUCAAAUAUUCCCCCUGCCCAUUUCUAAAACUGUUUUAUAUAACAGUCGUCUAAGCACAAACAUGAUGGUGAUAUUAUUUUAGGUGCCUUCUGAUAAACCUAAUUUAACCCUUUCACUGCCAAAUAUAUUUACUACAAAACACUAGCACAUUAUUUAGAGCCAACAUAAAACUGCUAUUUCAAUUACAAAAAAGUAUUAUUUUUUCCCUCUGUUUAUACUUUACAAACAUUUUUGGGCAAUAUAAUUGUGUUACAAUCUGUCAGGCUGCAUUAGAAAUCUAAACCUAAAAUGAAAAACAUUUUCGCCAUAUACAUAAUGUACAAAAAACUACGCGCAAUUUUUUUUCCCAACGUAUAGUAAGUACAGUUACACAGAGCAUCCAUUAUAUACAGAGCACUGCAGCACAUGGUCAGGGUUAGUCAGUAAAUCCUAAUGGGAAAAUUGAGGCUAAUAUUAACCAAUUUGGGAUUAUAUUUAUGUUUUUCCAUAUAGGGUACUGUAGCUUGAAUUUUUACAUUUGGAUGUAACUUGCUAACAUUCAGUCUUCAAAAAAUGCCAACAUAUUGGUAGGAGUGAAUUGCAACUAAAGUGGAAUGAACCCAGGUAGUACCACUUCCCAGAAUUAUUUUUUUUAAAUGGAGUGUCCUGCAAGUCCACAGGAGCCAGACCAUGUCUUGUGAUGACUGCUGGGUUUGGACAAAAGUUAGUGGUGAACCCCAGGCUUUACCAUAAUACAAAGUAGUCUGUGUAUACUUUGUCUUAUGUCAUCUUUUGAUUUUGUUCGAAUUUUAAUGAAAUUCCAAAAUAGUCGGCAUCAUUCAUUUAUAAAGAUUAUACCUAUAUGAAAUACUGCAAAGCUGCUUUAAAAAAAGCUCUCCUUUUAGCUUAAUAUUUUAAUUAUAUAUAGUGAUUUUAGUUUUUCCUAAUUUUUCUCCCUAUCAGACUCUGAAGUGUAGUGAAUGUUAAUCCCAUAGUUAUGUUCGGUGUUGAAUUUACCGAAUAACUUGAUGAGAAUGGAGAAGGUGCUGUAUGACAGUAUUCUGAUAUGGAAUGUCCAAGACAAAUAGUAUUAGCCAGGUUCUGUAGCUCUACUGAUGGUAAAUAUGUACAACAUUAGAUUAUGCUUAGAAAUCACAUCUGAUACAAAUAUGCAUUGCUAUUCGAUUAUUUCCUGUGUGUGGCUACUACUCCAGCAUUUAAACUCUGGUAAAAUAAAAUACCUGAUCCUCUUCUCCUCCUCCCUGCUCGUUGUAGUUAAAUAUAUUGUCCCGUACAUCAUCCUCUGAGUCGGACAGCAAACCUUUUUCUCCACGACCACUCGAGGCGCAACGGAAUAGGAGCAGGAGCAGCGCCAAAACUGUGGAUGGGAAUGAUAUUUUAAUGUAGAAACAGAUCUACACUGGGUGCAUGAUGUCUUUAACAUGAAGAGUCAGUACUUUACAAUGAGAGCAGGCCUGUCCCAUCAAUAUGGCAUGAGAACAGCAGUGUGUACUAACUAUCCGGUAGGUACCCAUAGCUAUACCUGGAGGAGGUUCUGGGACACAUUUAGACUGGUCAUUCUAAUUCUGGGUGUCAAACCUUCUCCAAUAGGCCUCCACCACUCACCCACUACCUUUUAUAUGUAUGUCAAUUUUGCCCGGUUCAUUAUUCUACCUUUUUCUAAAACCGACAAUGAUUUUAUGUCUUAAGACCUUGUUCAUUAUGCCCCAUAACUCCCACAAAAACCAUGAUCAAGAAAUAAAUAAUAACUAAAAUAAAUUAUUAAAAUGUAAAUUCUAAUGCUACAUUCUGCUGUUAAAUGUAAAAUCUUAUUGUGGUGAUGGGUCUGCUUUAACCACAGGAAGAGGUUAUUUACCAUUUAUGAUCGUGUUUGUUACUCUGUCCACAAACCAGUAAAAGAAACGGAUUACAAUGAUUAUUUUCCUAUAAUAGAGGGUUACGCUUUUAGACACUACAAGUUCUGAGAAAAGUGCAGAUUGUUUUACAAAAAUGUCUCCUAGAUAACCAUGUGUCUGUUUCCAAAGAGAACACUUGUUACUACUUUUUAAAUUAUAAAAAUGGCUUAUUUUAUUUAAACAAGUUUUGUCUCCUGUUAUUCAUUUACUUUACUCGGCUGGAAUCGGGUUACUAAUGGAGGAAACAUUUAGAAGAACAGAAAACAGUAAAACAAGCUGGACCAGAUUUCACUAUUAGAGUCUAUGUUCACAUAGCACAUUUCUAC